CAGAAUACUUGACCGAUUUGCAAGUAAAUAUCACAGCUCAAAAACUCGAGAAAAAAAAAUAAACAUAAUGCACGGAGAGGGAUCAAGAUGAUAGAUUAAACGUGUAUUGUUUGUCUCAUUUUCGUAUUCGCUAAUCGGAUAAAUUUUGAUGGCUUAUGUUAAUUCGUACAUUUAAUCCGGGAUUAAGUAGGACAAUUUAAUAUCGUAAUAAAUAUGACAGGACUGCAUAUGGGCACAUGUGUAUAAUGUUUUGAAAAUACAGCUGUGCGCUUUGAAAAUAUUGGAGCCAGUUGAAUUCAAUGAUGUUUAAGACAAGAUUGGAUAUGAAGAAAAAGAAGAUAAAGCCACCUAUAGAUGAGAAAUUGUUCUUCAGCCUCCGUGGCACGUCUAUUCAGAAGAAACCCUCCGUACAGGCUGAAGUGGAGAAUUUUAAUCUCUAUGGAAACCUGAGAAAAGCUCCCACAGAAAUACACAACUCAUUACCAUCAUCCCAACUGAUAGAGAGAGAAAUGAAAUAUAUCAAUUUUGACGAGGAACGAAGAAAUAGACCACAUGAAGUUGGAUACAAAGACUUUUACCAAUACCUCACUCCGACAGUGACACCCGUGAGAAAGAAUAGAGAAAUUACAUCUAGCUAACACAGUCUGGAUGAAUAGUGCUAUUUUUUUCAUUUUCAUAUACAUGUAUUUGUGCUAUUGGAAACUUCACAUCGUCGAGUUUAGAGGCGGAGACAGGAUUUUCCAGGGAGGGAUAGACUCGCGUGGGUUCUAACAUUUUAGGAUUUACAUGUUGUUUGCCCCUUUCUCUCUUUCUCUUUCUCUCUCUCUCUUCUGCUUGCAAGCCUGCCACACGGUGUCAAAAUUAUGUCAUUGGUUUACUGUAAAGAAAAAACAUAUUCUGACUUUGUAACUGUGCAAUAUAUAUUACAGAAUCAUUUUGAAGAUUUGAAGAAAAAAAAAAACAUUUCUUGUCAGCUACUGAGAUAGAGGCUUGAAAUUAAAGGCAAGUCUUGGAAAAGUUAUCGAUCAUGCUUUGUAUCUUGAAUUAUGUUCUAAAUCGGUGCUUUGAAGUUGGUAGUAUAUUAAUUUCCCAUCAUAGUGAAGAAGGAGUUUGGAUGAUCGGGGCUCAAGUUGUCUUAUUUGAAAUUUUAUCUCGUUAAUGUAGCUGAAAUGUGUCUAUUUGAAGAGAAUAAGUAUUUGCAUUUAUUCCUCCAAUGCUUUUCUUUUUGUUAAAAAUUUUAUCUAGAAUAUACAGUUUGUUUGAACUUUUUUGAGCAGAGUAAAUGUACACAUUUAUAUAUAUAUACAUAUACAGUAUUGUCACUUUGUUUACAUUGGUGCUGGGUAUAGAUGUACAGUGGAAACCUAGAAUGAUUGUAACAAAAGUUGUCUAUUAACAAAAUGAUAAGAUUGUCCGUGCUUUUGUUUGUUUUAAAACUGUAAAGCUAUUUGUACUAUGAUGUUAUUAUGAAUAAAUCUUGAAAUUGUUUUCUCCA